AUGGCAGACUCGACAGAUUCCAACCACCGCCAGCAACCCAGGACGAACCGACCCAAGCUUCAACUCCUCAUCCUCUGUCUCAUCAGACUAUGCGAGCCCAUCUCAUUCACCGUGAUCUUUCCGAUGGUCGCAUUUAUGGUGGCCGGGUUCAACCCAGCUCUGUCAGAUAAACAAGUCGGCUUCUACUGUGGCGCGAUAGAAUCUAUCUUCUCCUUCGCCCAAUUCUCAACUAUCAUCUUAUGGGGAAAGCUCAGUGACCGCAUCGGUCGGAAACCCGUCAUCCUCAUCGGCCUCGUUGGCGUGGCGAUUUCCACCCUGGCAUUCGGCUUCAGUUCCAGUUUCUGGGCUAUGAUUUUUGCUCGUUCUAUCGGAGGAAUCCUAAAUGGAAACGCCGCGGUGAUCAAAUCUAUGGUUGCUGAGAUCACCACCACUGAGAAUCAGGCCGUGGCUUUCUCCUUUCUACCUACAUCUUAUGCGGCCGGAUGCGCUAUCGGCCCAUUACUUGGAGGCUACCUGUCCCGGCCAGCGCAGAGCUUCCCAGACUCAUGGUUUGGUACCAGUCCUUUCUGGCAGAACUAUCCCUGGCUUUUACCAUGUGCCGUAGCCGCAAUAGCCCCUCUCCUCGGUCUUGUCAUGGCAACCUUGUGGCUCGAAGAGACUCUCGUCAAGAAAAAGCCAAACAAUGACGAGCGGCAGCCAUUACUUCAAUCCGAACCUGAGAUCGAUGCUCAAGAGCCACUUGUUCCCGCGGUACCCACCCCUAGUUCACCUACCAAGAUCCGUGAUCUAUUGAAAGAUCAAAACCUGCUGGCGAUCCUGAUGUCCUAUUCGCUACUGUCUUUCCAAACUAUAUCACUGGAAGCCUUGAUUGUACUAUUCGCUUAUACGCCCAUAAAGUCCGGUGGGAUCGGUUUCUCCAGCGCAGAUAUCGGACUAGCUUUAUCAGCAUCUGGAGUGAUGACGAUUUUCGUCCAGCUUGCACUAUUCCCCUUCUUGCAGAGACGAUGCGGGACUGCCAGGUUAUACAAGAUAUGCAUGUCGGCCUAUCCCUUCAUAUUUGUAUUGUUCCCCAUCAUUCACUUCAUUGCCCGUAUUGAAGUGGAAGAUUGUAAGGAAGGGGAAUCAGGCUUCAUUGGGGUUUGGAUUGGAAUGUGGAUCAUCAUGGUUUUGAAGACCACAGCAAAUAUGGUAUUUUCUUGCAACAUGCUUCUGGUGAGUUCAGUGGCACCGUCAAGAGCUGUCCUGGCAACCAUCAAUGGAUUGGCCCAAUCUUGUGCCAGUUUUGUGAGAGCAAUUGGACCAAUCACAGCUUCUAGUUUAUUUGCCCUGUCGGUCUUACACUCAACGAUUCUCGAUGGCAAUACGGUUUUCCUCUUGUUUGCAGCCAUCGCUCUUGGUGCGUUUGUUGUCUGUUUGAACAUCCGGGAUGGCCUUGAGGAGUGGAGGAAUACAUGA